AUGAUUUCAUCGCCCGGUAUUCAAGAUAUAAAUCGAUUUGAUCAACGAGAAGUAACAGCAAAAAUUCCAUUAAGUGAAAUACCAUUUGUGAUGAGAGCAUUAGGUUAUUAUCCAACUGAACAAGAAAUUGAAGAUAUGCUCAAUGAAGUUAAAUUUAGUACUUACGUUGAUACAAAAACUUAUGUAGAAAAUAUUGAUCUGAAUGAUUUUAUUAAAUUAUAUAUAAAUCAUCGACCAGCAUUUGGUCUUAAUCCAGCUGAUCUUAAUCAUGCGUUUAAUGUUCUAUGUAAUCAAUAUGAUCCUGAAGAUGGUCAACCACAAAUGAAUCGUGAAAAUCUUUUAUAUCUUUUACAACAAUAUGGUGAACAUAUGAGUGAUUAUGAAAUGGCUGAUUGUUUAGCAAAUUUACUUCAUUUGAAUAAUGAAUCAACAGAAAUGUUUGAUACAAUGAAUGCUGAAGAUGCUUCUCAAUUUAUUGAAAAUCAAUUACCGGAACAAGUAACAUUACAAACAUUUAUGGAAGAUUUAUUAAAAAUGCCAUCACAAUAUGUUGAUCAAGUUAUGUAUUCUAUUAAAACACAACAAAAACAGCGAUCAUCAUUAAUAGCACCAAAAGAGAAAAAGAGUCAAGUUUCGGUUGAACAACAAAAUCAACAACGUCAGCAACAACAACCACAACAACAACGUCUUCGUUCAGCUAUGACAUCAACAACACGAAGUACAACAUCAGCUUCGAAUGAUUCUUAA